AUGCUCGCCUGUUCUGGCGCCAGCAUUGAUAGGUGCUGGGGCCUGAAGGUCUAUUUGGUCGAAAUGCAAGGGAAGGGGAAAAAUUGCUUGCCCAUUGAAGCCCUUUGUGAAUUUAAAGUCUUUGAGAUUCUAAAUGAUGGGCAAGAAAUCGUAGAAAGAUACGUAGCCUUUAGACCUUUGACUGCAGCUGAAAACUUCCAAAGGAUUGUAAAUGGUAUUGAUUUUUCUGACGAGAAUUUUGGGAAACAGACCUCAAUUGGGACGUCAGACAGGAAUGCUGGCUUCAGGAUUCCUGAUAAAACGUGGAAACUUCUCCGAGAUCAAAUCAGGAGUGCUUACACGGAGGUCUGUGCUUUUAUUGAACUCAUGGCCGUCCUAAAGGAGACUAAAUGUCUCUCUCUUUGUCAAGUCGCUCCCAGUGAUCAGGACAAUGAUAUGGACGCUACAGGGUGCAAUGUGGGUUUGCACACCAUCACCUGUCUUAGUGGGAAGAAAAUGGCUCUUGCUGCUGCCAGUAGCAUUCUGUUAAAAGGGGCGGAGCGGUUCCGUUCAAGGCACGUCGAAAUUGCUCAAGCCGAGCAGCGUUUUGCAGAUGGUAAAAAGUCCAUCCUUUACCAUGAAGGACUUAUGCAGUUACGAAAGUCAUGGCGCCUCAAACUGGGGCGAAACGUUAUUCUGGGAGACGCAAGCCUCCGCUGUAUCGGUUCGCGUGCCAAAGAAGGUGGUAAUUUUGAGGUUUUCGAAUCUGACUACUCCAAAUUCGACUCUAACGGUCUGUUUGAUGUUACUAAGGUUAGAUUGUCAUCCUUUAGUUGUUUUUAUGAUGCGCAGGUGAAGUUUAGCAGUACGAUGGAGUCAUUGCUCAACAAGGAUCUUUGUACUGGACGCCUUCGUGUUGUAAUCAGGCAUCUGAACUCAAAACAUCCAAACAAUUGGUAUCAUUUCCUGAAGCCAUGUAUUCGAGCCAAUGCAGUGUCGUAUACUUAUUCUCCACCAAUGUCCCAAUCUGAUCGACUAUGUCUAGCUCAAAAUCUACUCAUGUGUCGAGAAAUUUUGUCGACUCUCUCGUAUGAGGCUUCAAUGAUUGGGAUGGAUGAGACCAAAAACGACUUGGUGGCUUUUUCGUCUCUCGGGAAGGUCGUUGCUACUGUAUUACCUGGAGUCCAGCUUUCGGUCAGACUUGAGAGAAGGGUUGAUGACGAAUGCAAUGAAGAGGAGGAGGAAAAUCAUCCAGGCCUUAGUACUCAACUAAAGCGCAUUCUCUUUUAUCAGCAUAUCCAUUCCUGGUCAAAUAUUGCCAGUGUGCCUAACCCCCCCACUGGUCCGGUUCAAGUUCCCCGUCGUUUACGUGCCGCAGGGGCAACAAUUACGCUUCGUAAUGCUCUAAAUCGAAACGGAGAUGGUGGGAUGCCCAUAAUCACCGCCUGUGUUGCAGGAUUUGGGGGUCCGGCGGCCUCUGCUUGGAUAUCAUCGCAGAUCCAGACCUUCCGCUCCGUCUCCGGGUCAUUACCUGGCAACCCUCAUCAAGCAUUUGCUAUACCAGUGGGACAGGAGCGUUAUGCAUAUUUUAACGACUGGGGGAGCGGGCACGUCCAACAGCAACAACAACAGCAUCAGGUUGUACCAGCUUCUAUGGAUGAGGUAACGUCUUCGGGGUUGACGUUGAGUGGGCUGGAGCACGCUCUACGAUUAAGUCAAGCAUCUCCCGCUGCCAUUGCCUGUAUUCUCGGCUCAGGAGACGGUUUGUUGAUGCAGAUAGUGAGGCUGGCGCGACAUAGGGUGCUGAGACAGCGGGUGGCGCGUUGCUUGACACAAUUUGCUCGUGGUGGUGGGGAUGGAACAGUGACGGCGUCGGUGGGAAUGUGCGUGACUACUCUAUGGCACAGCAUUGCCUCUCCACUUUCUUCUGGGGUCAGUGUGACGUUCAAUUCUGUGGGCUACUCAAGUUUCCGCACUCGAAUGACUGUGUGUGUAGGUGUGGAGUCCAUCUCCGUCUAUGGAGUAUGUGAAGCUGCUCAAUCGCUCACAAUACCCGCUACUGCAGACUUGCAGAACGAACUGCUAAGAAUUUUAAAAAGGCAGGAAUUAAGAAAUCAAAUGCUUACUAUACAAGGAAUUGCUUCAAAAUUUCUUGGCUGGAUUCAACUGGGUUGCUCCUCUGCUCCAUCCGUGGAUAAUCCCUCGAGCGCCUUGCUUCUAGCUUGUCGCUCUGGUAGUCGAAUUGUCUGUAUUCGAGGCGGUUCCAGCUACCCUGAAGGCCUAGAAUUCUUGGCCGCGAAGGCUACGCAAAGCAAUCUGACGAAUCUGGUAAGUGAUGGAGAUAUGUUGCGGUCCACUCUUACCACUUCGUCUGAUGGGCGCAACGAUAGUUUUGGCUGCGGUCAAUUUGCCUUCCGCAAGGUCGAUUUGGCGCGUCUGCCUGGUCGGCACGUGGUUGGAAAAAUUGAGUCUCUUCUUACCUGCCUAAAUUGCCCUUGA